GCUCUAUGCCGAAUACCUUGGUAGUUUCCCGUGCUUACAAUGCCCUCAUGGCCGACAAUCACUGGGUAUAAAACCAGCUGGCUGCUACGUCAUGCUAUCACUCCACCCCAACACAUCAUGAUGAUAACAUCAUCCAGUUUAUUAGUACUAGCUGCUGUUGUUCAGGUGCUAUUCGCUCAAGAGCCUGCCUUCGAGUCUGGACCUCCAGAGCCAUGGGGCCCUCCUGAGAAACAGACACCACCCCGCCUUGCACCAAGAAUACCAAGAAACUGUUGGGCCCCUCCACAACGGAUAAAUGUGUACAAAUGCUGCCCCAUACCUUCACUGUAUCCAGAUGAAGCCAUGCAGAGCUGUGGUUUUGAAAAACUGCCCGAGGGUGAGGCACCGAAAAAAGCUGUCUAUCGUCCCGAGGGUACAUGCAAGGAAGGAUAUUGUGUAAUGGAAAAGUUCAAUCUACUUUUGGCAAACAAAAGCGUAGAUUACGAAAAAUUCGGAAACUAUUUAGAUAGUUGGGCGGAGGCGAACCCGGAGUUUGCUAAACCUAUUAAACUAGCUAAGGAAGAAUGUGCCAAAGAUGAGGGACCCAAAGGCCCUCCAAUCUGCGACCCUGACAGGAUAUUCUUGUGUCUGACCUCAAUAAUAUUUUGGAAUUGCGAUCUUCGUGAUGGAGAAGGUUGCAGUGCAUUGCAAGAACACAUGAAUGAAUGCCGACAGUACUAUACACGCGUCAUGGGCCCAACGGUAGAUGAUAUGAUAGUUCGUGAGUUGUUGAGAUUUGUAGCCAAGAAUAAGUAUUAUUGUCACCGCAUCAUGAAUCGGUACUUUUCUACUUUAGCCCUGGUAUCAACUUUAUUACAGCUAGCAUGUGGUUACACGCCACAUGAAAGACAGUUCCCUCCCCGAGAACUAAAGGACCUUGGAAUCUUCCAUCCAUAUCAAGAACAAAUACCAAAACAUUGCUGGAACCGACCAAAAAAUGUGGACAUGUAUAAAUGUUGCCCAAUACCCAGGUUGUAUCCUGAUGAAGUUUUGGACAGUUGUGGUAUUGAGAAAUUAAUGGAAGAUGAAGAAUCUUCACCAAAGGGUAGCCCGUCGAAGCUCGCGUGCAAAGACGGCGUGUGUUUGAUGAAAAAAUCGAACCUGCUGACUGAAGACGAUCGAGUUGAUUACGAGAAAUUGAGGGCUUACAUCGACCAAUGGGCAGCCGACAACCCGGAUUUCAGUGAAGCUAUUUUGGAAGCCAAAAAACAUUGCGCCUACCGAGACAGUGCAAAUCCCACAGAAUGUGAUGCAGAUCAAAUAUUCGUUUGCUUGACUGCAAAUAUAAUUUGGCACUGUAAAUUCAAAGAUUAUCCUGAGUGCAAAGAACUGCAGGAACACAUUGAAGAAUGCAGGUCUUAUUAUUAUCAGAAACAAGAAGACACAUUGAAAUCGAAGCCAGAAACUAAAACUCAAUAGACAUAACGAGUA